AUGCAAGUACGCAUAAGUACACUAUUCACUGGAGAAGUUUAUUCUAAAAAAAUGUUGAAUGAUAAUACUACAUGUCUAUGGGUAAAUAAACAUUAUACUGGACCAGAAUGUAUUAGAUUAAAAAUGUUGUCGAAUGAACCUUUAAAUUUAUUUCGUCGAAUAAUGGCAAUUAUUUGUUGUUUAUUUGGAUUACCGGGAAAUAUUUUAACAAUAAUUGUUGGUAUAAAAGCACUUUGUCAUCGUACAAUUAAUUUUCAACCAAAAGGAUUUCAUCUUUAUCUUAUUGAAAUAUCUAUUUUAGACACAUGUUUAUUACUCUAUUGGGUUAUUGAUACAUUAUUAUCUUAUCUUUAUGAAAUAAAAAAAAUUGAAUUUUUUUCUUUAAUGCAUAUAUCAGCAUUUUCAUGUUUUUGUUCAUAUAUGAUUAAUCGUUUAUGUGCUGCACUUUGUUCAUGGCUUAUAACAUGUUUUACAUUUAUACGCUUUAUAAAUAUAUUUCGUCAAUUUAAUACAAUAAAAUCUAAUAUAAUUCUUUUUACAAUUCUUAUUAUUGUAUUUUCAAUAGCAAAUAGUUAUUCAUUUAUUGUAUUAGAAUAUGAUCAAGAACGAAAAUAUCAAAUUAAUGAAACAAUAUAUAAUAAUAAUAAUAAUAAAAAUACUACAGAGAAAAAUAUGAAUUUUUUUCAUCAUCAUACACUUUGUACAAUACGUUCGGAAUAUGCUGAUGAUCGUUUAAUGUUAUUACUUAAUAUACUUGUUGCUGGUGUUUUAAAUCUUGCAUUACCAUCUAUAUUAAUAGUAAUUGUUAAUAUAACAAUGGUAUGUUUUAUAAAACGUAUUUAUUCAACACAAACUCGUAAUAAAAAAAUACAUCGUACAGAUUUUGUCAAUUAUCGUUCAACACGUUCAACAUUAGUUAUUAUAUCAAUGACAUACGCAUUAUUUUAUUUACCAUAUUUAAUUUUCUAUUUUCUUAUGAUUAUUUUAGAAGAUGUUGAUGAAACAUUAUAUAAUUGUUCUGAAAUAACAUAUAUUUUACGUCAUGUUAGUCAUUCAGUUAAUUUUUAUGCAUAUAUAUUUACAAAUCUUCGUUUUCGUCGUGAAAUAUUAUUAUUAUUUCGUUAUUUAUUUCGAUCAUGUUUUGAUUUUAAAAAACGAAAUCGAUAUAGACGAAAAAUGGAGCCACAAAUUAUUAUCUUAGAUAAAUGUCGCUCACCAUUAUUAUUUCAUAAUUCAAUUAAUAGACAAUCUCAACGAUCAACAUAUAUUCAACUUGCCAAUCGAAUUAAUUUACAACAACAAAAUUUUGUUUUAUAA